AUGCACCCCGCUACGCAGAUCAGCACCAACUCCGCCGCCGCCCGCGACCGCGCCGCUGCUGCUGCCGCCGCCGCCGCUUCUGCCGGCGCUGCCGGUGCUGCUGCCGGUGGGAGUAGUGGUGGUGGGACGGCAGGGGGCGGGAUGGGAGGUGCAGCAGGAGGAGGGGUAGGGGGGGGUAUGGCAGGCGGGCGGGGGGUGGGUGUGGUGGGGCAAGGAGGGGCAGGGGGAGCGGGAGCAGCAGGGGCACGGCAGGGUGGGGCUGCUGGGGUCCCUGGGGGCGGAGGAGGGUUGCCGCCCAUGCCCCCUCCACCCGCCCCUGCUGCUGCUCCUGCUUCUCUUCCCACUAGUGCGGUUACUACUGCCACUGCUGCUGCUUCCGCCAGUGCUGCUGCUGGUGGGGCUGGGCAGCUAGGAGGUGCUGCUGUGGGGGCCGCGCCGCACCACAUGGCUUCCCGUGCUGCCCCUGCUGCUGCGGCAGGCAGUGGCGGGGUGAUGGCAGGGAUGGGUGGAAUGGGUGGGAUGGGGCGGGGUGUGCCACCAGCAGGCAUGGGAAGGGCACCAAACGGGGCAGCAGCAGCCGCUGCUGGGAAUGCCAUGGGUCCCCCACAUGCCACCCCUCCUCCUCAUGCAGGCUACGCUGCUUCCCAUGCCAUGCCGUCUCAUGCUGCCUCCCCACAUACGCCCUCCCCCCAUGGCCUUCCCGGCAGCAGGGUCACACCCCCCCGUACUGUCACACCCCAUACUAUGAGCCCCUCUGUGGGAUCCCCUUCUGUGGCCGGCAUAGCCCAUCCUAGGUCCCAACCUCCUGUACCCACGGGCUCUGCUUCCCAGCCUGUAGGUCCGGGGAAUGCACCCAGGCGCUGCAGGCCAGGCAUAUCCCCCACGCCCACCUCAGCUUCCCCGAGCCUCGCCGACAAGCACGGUAGGAAUGGGGCACAUGGCAGGAAGGAUGGGUGCAGGCGGUAUGGGGAUGGGGCCUAG